AUGGGCUGGGAGGACUGGCAGGACAACAAAGGCAAAGAUAAUGACGACUGGUACAAGUGGCAGGGCGGCAGCAAGUGGUGGCAGAAGGAGAGCAAUGACUGGCACAGCAAGAAGCGCGUGAAGAGUGAGUGGGACGGAUGGGACGAGACGUCCAACUCGAAGCAGGCAAGGUGGGAAGAUAAGUCCGAGUAUUCCUCAUGGAAUACCAAGAAGCAGUGGCAAGAGAGAGACAGGGCAAAGGAUGUGAAGGGCAAUGUCUCUGUCCCCAAUGCGGAUUCGAUUCCCCGGACUCCGCCGGAUCCCCGGGCGAUUCCUCGGACGCCUGCUGCAGCCUUUCCCCAGCAAGUGCCUCCAACUCCAGCUGGGGCCUUCGGCGCGAGGGCUGCUCCAUUUACGCCGAAUCCGUUAGCGCCCGCCACGCCGACUGUUCCUGGAGCCACGCCGGGCAUGCAUGGCUUUCAUCCCCCCACUCCACCCAAACAGCAAGCGGGAAAUCCUCUUACGCCGACGCUUGGAAUGCCGCCGACACCUGGAAUGCCGGGGACGCCAGCCAUGCCGGCGACGCCUGCAAACCCCGGCACUCCAGCAAACCCCGGCACUCCGGCCUUUCCACCAGGAACGCCUGCGCACAGAUUUUUCUUGAGUCGUGGCAUGGGGCACCACAGUGGACUGUCGACCCCUGUUCCGCAAGCCUUCCAGCAAGCCAUGCAGUCCGCCAGGCCAUCUUACAACAUGCCGCGAGCACCCGCCUUCACCGGUAAUGUGUCGGGUGAUCUGCGACAUGCGCCUCGCAGGAGGAACGGCAAGCUCGCACCAGCCCCUUCAAUCAAAGCCAAGGUCCGACAACGGGACACGCCGUCAGCGGGUUCCACCGCGAAAAAGGCGCUGCAGGAUCCCAUACCCGAUUUCAAGACCUGGCGAAAGGACAAGAAGCCCAUUGAGUUCAGAGACGUGCAGCCGCCCGUGAAGUCCGAGACACCGGUCCCAUUCCAGCCAGGUGCAACAACCCCUGGAUUGCCCACCGGUGCAUUGACACCCGGAGAUGUGGUGGGCAUGACGCCGGGCUUUGCCGGAGGGGAUGUCACCCCCAUGCUGGAGCAGCCAGGAGUUGCACCAGGCAUGUACGGAUCUCUCUACGGUCAAGACGGUGGUGUCACACCUCCGCAGAUCACUGGCAUGACGCCUGGCUUUGCUAUGCAGGGUGAAGCCGGUGAGAACACGUCAGCUCACGAGUCGUUUCACCUGGCGCCUUCGCGCUCGCCAAAAGCGCAGAGAACUCUUCAGUUCGAAGGCCACAGAGCCUCGGUGGUCCUGCACGUGAAAGGCCGGAACGCCGGCGAGGGGUUUCAGCGGGAGAGACAAGCAAGAUGGGGCCAUGGCUCGGAUGCAGAUGUCGCCGAAGCUCCCUCCACGGCAGGCUCAGCUUGCAGCGGCUGCAGCAUCUGCGGUGGAAGUGCGCACAGGCAUCUGGCAGACUGCUUGCACGACAACGAUUCGGCGGGUUUGGAGGUGGAGCCCACGGGACUGCCAGCAGUGCCCUCGGGAUGGCGCGAGGUGCCACUGCGAGAUGGCGACGCGGAGGAGGCCCCACUUGUUGGCCUGCCGCCUCUUCGAGUCUGCGCUGUCGUCUGUGGCGACGGCGACAACGGGUCCAAGGGCUCCAAGGCGGGCAGGCUUGACCUGGAGCUGCGCGUCGUCGCGGACCCACUCGCGCUCGCCCAAAGAGCUCGCUUCGCCAUCUAUCCGCCUUGGAGGCUGGGGCCGCACCUUCGCUUCUCGUGGCGCCUCGAGAAAAGGUCACGGGAGGAGGCGCUCUCCCCGUCCAUGGAGAGGACGCAUGGGCGUGAUCCUGGGCGCAGACCGCGGGCUCUGACGGGAAUUGGAGGAGUCAGUGGCGGCUUUGGCGGGGUCACUAGCAGCAGCUUCGAUGUUGAUGUGUACACGGAGCUGGCGCAUGAGAAGACGCAGGCAAAUGCAUCAUCACGGGCCUUUCAGCUGCUGUCGAACACCAUGGAUGCGGAGGCAGAAGCCAGUGGACUGCUUCUGCCCCUACGCGGACACCAACUUCGGUCCCUGGCUUGGAUGCAGGCUUGCGAGGCAGAGAAUCGGGAGCCGCUACUCCUGGGAGUGAGCCGUGAGUUUUUCCCAACGCUCCAUCCGCCGCAUGCCGCGCAGCAGCUACUUUGUGAGGCUCUGGGCUGCAGAGCUGUGGCGCGAGUGCAGCGCGCCUUCCACCUGCGAGGAGGGCUUCUUGCAGACCAAGUGGGGUCGGGAAAGACUGCGGUCACCUUGGGGCUGGUGGCUUCAGAUGGCUCUCGGCCGGAGGCCUCGAGCAGACGGACACUGGUCCUGGUCCCCGGCCGGCUGUUGCAGCAGUGGCAGCAGGAGGUCCGGAAAUUCCUUCCGGCAAAUGCCAUCGAACUCUACUUGGGCGUCAGCGACAUCCCGGAGCGAGGAGCCGUUCCCCAAGUGCUUCUGUCACCUGUGGAGAUUCUGGCGACGGCUGAGAAACGGCCGCGGAUGGAGGCCUCCGUGGACAUGGACCUUGCGGAGAUGGCACACAAGCUGCGGGCAAUCUGCCUCAGUGGUGUGGACCGGAUCGUCGUCGACGAGUUCCAUGAAAUCUUGGACUCAGCAUCUAGCGGACGGCUGCUGGCAUUGCAGGAAUUGUGGGCCGACUGUGGAGAGGCGACCUCGCUGUGGGGUCUCACCGGCACGCCGCCCCUCAGCGAUUUUGCUUCCGUGGCGCGGAUCGCUGAGGCCUUCAAGAUAGACUUGCAGGCGUUUCGGCGGCAGCUGGAUGCCAGGGAGAUGGCGCAGAGAAUGCUGGAUUAUGUGGCGAGGGCAAACGGCUCCUCUGCUUUGUCGGGUCUUGACGUUCAUGAAGAGUUGGUCUCUCUCUACCAUACGCCAGCCGAGCGUGCAAUCUACGUUCAAGGGGUUGCGGAUGCAAAGCGCAAGCACAAGCAGCAGAAGCAGAUGGGCCACGUAGAUCAACCAGUCUGCUCUGACUUGCUGCAGCUGUGCUCGCACUUUCGGUUGGAAGAGGCUGAUGUGGAAGCGGACGCCGAGAGGGAAAGCGCAUCGCUUCUGCGGACAAGAGCAGACGCGGUGGAGACUGCUCGGCAGUGGCUGUUGGUAUCUGCUAGAAGGAUGGAGGCAGAAAUCCUCUCGGCGCGCCGCCGCGGCAACGGCCUCCCGACCCUCGUCGCGGAGCAGUACGCGCAGCUGCUGGCCGAAGUCGGCGGCGAGCCUCUGAGUCGCUCGACGGAGGCCGUGGCCUCGCAGAUCGCCGGGGCCAGUGCCGCUCGGCAAAGCGCCGGCCAGGGCCGGCGACACGAGCGCGAUGCGGACGACCUGAUCCUGAGGGCCAUCACGGAAGUGCGUGACUCGAGCCUGGCUUCUGCCGCUAGCGGCUCCGAAGUCGUUUCCGAGGGUGCGCCUCAAAAUUCUGGAGAUAGCUUGGAGCUGUUGGUGGAGCUGCUGGAAGAGGUGAAGCAAGCCAAGGAGGCCUUCCGCCAAAGGAGUCACGAUCACGCUUUCUUGGCGGCGAUGCUCGAGGCAGCCGAGGCCAGCCGCUUCUGCUGCCCAGUCUGCUUCAGCGAAGCUCCGCCCACAGAGCGUGCUAUCCUGGCCGCUUGCGCCCAUCUCUUCUGCCUCCAUUGUGCCGGGAAGUUGGUCAGGAGAGGUGAGUGCGCUCUUUGCCGCCAAUCUCUGCGCCGGGAGCCAGGGCUGGAUGAAGUGCUGCGUGUGCGCGAGCCCGGUGCGGUGCAGCCCGGAGAGCGCGAGGAGCGCCAGCGAUGGGGUCGAUUCGGGUCGAAGCUCUUCCACGUGGUGCGCAAGCUUCGGGACAUCGCGCAGGAGGACCCGACGGCGCGUGCCAUCGUCUUCGUGCAGUGGGCCAGCCUCCGGCGGAAGCUGGCGGCUGCCUUUGCGGAGUUCCAGGUGCCCUACGUCUGCCUGGAGGAGCGCUUCGAUGCCUCCAACAACCCGGUGCUGCACAGCUUCUGGGAACGCGAUGAUGUCGUCACGAGCUUCCAGGGAGCCCCGCUCGAAUCGACGGAGGGCCCGAAGGUGUUGUUGCUUUCCUUGCAAGAUGCAGCAUCUGGCACGAACCUCACUCGAGCGAACCAUGUGCUCUUCGUCCAUCCCGUCUUCGCAUCCUGCUCCCGCCUGGCCGUGGCCUACGAGACGCAGGCGCUGGGCCGCUGCCUCCGCGUGGGGCAGACCAAGCGGGUCUUCCUCUGGCGCUUUGUGACUCUGGGCACCGUGGAGGAGGAGCUCUCCUACAGGCACCAGGCAGAGUUGUGGCAACGAACCCCGGAGCUCCUCGCGAAGCGAGCAGAGACCCAGCAAGCUCGAGCUGUGCGCUCGGCCGAGCCAGAGAAGGCCCUGAGUGACGAAGAUGAAAUCAGCAAGGGUGAAGUGAGCACCAUGUGGCCAGAUAUCAUGAGGAACCCGCUCUCCCCCAACCUUCGCCGCAAGGCCCUGAUUAUUGGUGUCAACUACGCAGGCUCGCAUGCUCCGCUCAAGGGUGCCGUGAACGACGCUUGGAACCUCCACGCGGUUUUGAGGCAGUCGCUGCUCUUCGAAGAGGAUCAAGUGCGGCUGCUUGUGGACGACGGGGAGCCGGCCAAGCUGUCGCAGGUUCCUUCCAAGGAGAACAUCCUCUCCGGCUUCCAGUGGCCCGCGGCCGAGCAGACUGAACUUGGAUUGGAUGCACGCAUUUGCCUGGCCGCCUGGGCUUUCCUGAUGCCGACGAAGGAGCCCAGGGAGCACCAGGCGGUGAAGUUCACAUAUGACUGUGAGCAGGGCCGCUGGGAGGAGCAACCUGUGCGGAUACGCCUGGACCCGGAGCCAUUCAGUGAGGGUGGCAUGCGAGUGGUCUACCACGCACGGGAACUGUUGGAAGAUGGCUGUGAAGUGGAUGCGGUCCUCAAGAGGAUAAAGCCUCACUGUGGGCUGGACCCAGAUGUGAACUACCACGAGGCGAUGACCCAGAUGGUCGCAGAGUGUUAUGCACAAGAGUUCAACAAGUGGUGCUCGCAUGCAGGGCUGCCUUACAGCAUUGCAUUCCUGCCAGUGUCUGUUGUCAAGAUGGAUGAAUUUGAAGAGCCGCUUUGUUUGGAGCCGUACUUGGCCGGCGAUUAUGUGAAGCACAGUGACAAUGCUGGUCAUACGGAGACAGACGACGAGGUGGCAGCAGCAUUUUCCUACUUCAGCUACAUCAUCUCCGACAAGCUCUUGGUGGUUUGCGAUAUUCAGGGUGUUGGGACUUUCUACACUGAUCCCCAGAUACACACAGCUGAUGGGGUGGGAUUUGGGGCUGGCAACCUGGGAGCAGAUGGCUUGCAGCGCUUCCUCCGGACCCAUCGGCACAACCUGCUGUGCGAACAGCUAGGCUUGCCGAGCCCCGACGAAGGCCUCUCCGAUGAGGAGCUGGCGAGGAAGAUUCAGGAUCUGGAGCGAGAAGACGCGCAGUCACAUCGUGAGCCGGAUGCCCUUGUCACGCUGGUGAACGGGAAUCUCGGGCCUGAGGGAUUGUCUUCCUCCUCGUGGAAGCACUCACAGUACAGUGAAGGCCUUACAGCGAUAACGCGGAUAUUCACGCGCCGGUUGAUGGACGGGGCACAACCUGGAGACAGUUUGGUGCUGGCUUUCUCUGGAUAUGGCACCCAGCACCCCAAGGAUGCCGAGGGAAAGGACUGCGAGGCUUACCUGGUGCCCUCCGACUAUGCCGAGGAUUUGCCGGAGGAGUGGUGGUCCAAGGCCAAGAAACCUUCUGCCGUGCAGGCCAAUGGCCGGCAGCCAAACGGACACCCAGCUCCUGGACCCCCUCCUGCCGGGGCAUCCUACCGGCUCAUCUCUAUGCUUGAGUUGAACCGUUUCAUCACCCAGAUUCCCGCUGGAGCCACACUGACGACCAUCCUGGAUUGCUCCUAUCCGAUCAUUCCGGGCGUGAGCCCGAGUUGCAACCUCUCGCCGACCUUUCCCAGGGUCACGCGAGGUCGCGUGGACUACGAGAGGCUCUUCGACUUCGUGAGCCGACCGAGGUUCUUGGAGCUGCCGCCGCUGCCGGUGCAGCACACGCUCCCGCAGGUCUGGCGCCCGCAGACCUUCCCGUCCUGUCGUUUGCACGUCUUCAGCGCCUCCAGGCUGCAGGAGUGGCCCUCGGAGCUCCCGUUGGAGGGGACCGUGCAGGGUACUUUCACCUGGUCCUUUGCCAAGGCCCUGGCAGCGGGAAAGCUUCAAUGCACAGUCGGCCAGCAGCAGCAGGCAAUGGAAGCGAUCACUGUGGGACUAAAGGAGCAUUUUCAAGGAGUCGAGCAGACACCUGUUUUGAUGCUUUCCCAGGCUGCAAGCUCCAACGAUACCGUGUUUGCAUGA